AUGUCCGUCAAGCGCGUUGAUCACUACUACAACGCUAGCGAAAAGGCAUGGUGUCACAAGGACACUGACUCCGACAUCCCUGCCGAGGCGGUCCAGCCCAUCGGUGGUGUCGUGACCGCCAACAACGACUGGGACAACUACGACUUCGUCGUCGUCCGCAAGCUGCCCGACCCAAGGCGCCCAUAUGACAACCCCAACGUCACCUUCAAAGUCGUCGUGAAGAGCCCUUACUUGCUCCAGGCGUGCAAGGAGGUCAUCGGGGACAUACCUCGCCUGUCGUGGAAGUCGAAGCCCGUCGAGCUCGACCCCACGUUGCUCGUGGCAUUCUAUCCCCAGCUCGCCGCGCACGAGACAGCGCUCCGCGAGAAGGCCGACCGGCCGGAGGACGAGGAGAAGACGCUGACCGCGUUCAGCGCGCUGCUCAGCUGGCUGCGCCAGAACUACGAACACACGCUCGCGCGCCUGCAGGAGCUCGUCGCGAACGGCGAAAUCUCGUACGAUCUCCUCUACGGCAUCCUCAUCCCCGGCACCAUCUUCGUCACACGCGACGUCGCCACCGGCGAGAUGCGCGCCGCGCGCCUGCUCGCGUUCCAGCGCACGGCCGAGUACUACAACCUCACCUGCGAAGGCCUCGAGGCGGCGGACGCGCGGAAAGACGAGUCCAUCAACGGGCGGGGAAGCGGCAAAGACAACAACGGCGAAGAUGACGACGAGACGGACGACGACUACGAGAUGGACGACGGCGAUUCUGGAUACGAGGGCGGGGAAAGGCAAGGCUCACCGCAGCGUGCGACGCAGCACGCGUUCGGGAUGCACGCGCGGACGCUGUCUGUGCGCGAGUUCGCAGGAACGGUCAAGAUCAACAAGCUCCCCGUGUUCCCGCUCGCGUUCCACCCGAACCCGGCGCAGCUUCGUGCGGAACUUGUCAAGCGCGGGCGUAAGUGGGCAUCGCUCAACGGUGUGUACCAUGUGUACUACAAUGGGCUCGCGGGUAAGAUCACCUGCAAUGGAGGUUACGCGCGGUAUAACGUGAACUCCCGAAUCAUGAUCGACCGCGGUAACUUCGCGAGGCUGGAGGCCAACUACUCGAUCCCAAAGCCAGGUGAACCUUUUGCGCAAAAGCCCGCAAACAAGGACUCGGUCUGGAAGCUGAACAAGGAGCAGGACGUCAGCGGCCUGACCGAUGAUCACCUCCUGCUCGCGACGCCCGUACUGUACGGGUUCUCGCUCGCGGAUAAAAUCUGGCUGGAGUACAGCGUCCAACUGGUGCACGCGAUCUCGUGGAACGCCGAGACGUUCGCGGGGCUCGUGCUCCCAACGGACCGCAAGACCCUCUUGCGCUCGCUCGUCGAGGCGCACGAUGCCGACGGUGGCGCCGGCUUCGACGACUUUGUGCGUGGCAAGGGCCAAGGCCUCGUCAUCAACCUCUUCGGGCCCCCGGGUGUUGGCAAGACGCUCUCCGCGGAGGCGACGUCCGAGCACAUCCGGCGGCCGCUCUACGUCGUCGGCAGCGGCGACCUCGGCACGUCGCCCUCUCAGCUUGACAGCGCGCUCGAGCGCAUCUUCGACAUUGCGACCGCGUGGCGCGCGAUCGUGCUCAUCGACGAGGCGGACGUGUUCCUCGAGCAGCGCUCGCUGCACGACCUCGACCGGAACGCGAUGGUCGCCGUCUUCCUCCGGCACGUCGAGUACUACCGCGGCAUCCUCUUCCUCACCACGAACCGGAUCAUGACCUUCGACGAGGCGUUUCUGUCCCGCAUCCACGUCGCGCUGCACUUUGGUGACCUCGCGGAGGAGACGCGCGCGCGGAUCUGGCGCGCGUUCCUCAAGAAAGGUGGCCUCACCUUCGAGGUGGUGUCGGCGGAGCGCGUCGCAGCGCUGGCGGCGCGCAAUGUCAACGGGAGGCAGAUCAAGAAUGCGUGCCGGACGGCGACUUCGCUUGCACGCAGUCGCGGGCAGCCGCUGCAGUACGAGCACCUCGUCGAAGCAUUGGACGCGAUGGAGGCGUUUGUCGCCGAGUUUACAGCGAUGAAGGGGCAAUGA